AGAGACCGGAAAAGGGCUCCUUUCUUUUUCCACAAACACACACACACACACUCUCUCUCUCUCUCUCUGUGCGUGUCUGCAUGUUAAUUGUGGAGCAGGAAUGCAAAGGGCAAACGACCCCGGAGAUGCAUAGGUUGUUUCAUCCCGUCGGGGACCUGAACUGGGAAGACGAGAAGGAGCUCCGAGCCUUGUCCUUGCGCUCUGUCGAGGGAGAGGAAACGAGCUGCAAUCCAUUAUGACUUUGUUGCUGAGUCACCUAUUCCAGAAGAAGUAAGAUUCAUCUGUACCAGCCAUUAGAAUGUCUCAACCCACGGGCAGUAAGGAACACUGGAAACCCUGGGAGUUCUCAGGAAUCAGUCAUCAGGAGCUGGCACUGGCAGAAGCUCUUCAGAUGGAGUAUGAUGCCCUAUCGAGGCUUCGGCAGAGUAGUACAACAAGAGACGACAGCAAGUCCAAACACAUUAACAGCUUGCAACUGAUUUCAUUUGAGGACCCUUUAUUGGAAUACAGCCAAUUGAGGAAUGACUGCAAUGCCAUUAAAGCGACCCAUGGCUUGUCGGGGUCAGACCCCGGUCUCGGUUAUAGCAAAGGCCCUUCUUUGUCAAGUCGAGGCAUCGCGUGUUCCUCUACUACCUCAGCUCCCGGACCACCAAAUCACCAGUGCCAAGAGGACCCAGAAUACCAAUCAUUGUGGAAAGAUGUUACCACAGCCACAACUGCCACGACCAUCAUCACAAAUUCCACCAUCAGUGGCUCCACACAGCAACCAAUCCGUACAGGGCUGUUCACCACUGAGGGGACAUCUUGCCAUCGAGGAGAUUAUUCCAUCAUUGACUAUGCUCCACCAGUGCCACCACGAGUUCCUCUCGGCCCCAGUCGAAAUGCCACGUUAACAGAUCAUUGGUCCAAGGAGCAGCCCAGCGACAGCAUUGAGAAAUUGACCAUACCUAAUGACAUCAAUAUAUUCUCUCCUGGCAAUGAUGACUCAAAUUGUAAAAUCGUAGAACCACCAAGCUUUUACUCCAACCAAAGGAUCUCUGAUGAAGAGUUUGAGUUGAUUGACUAUGAUGACUUGAAUGAUGCCAUAACAAAGCUGAAUUUAAUGUCUACCUAUGGGGAAAAUUCAAAGCUGAUAAGAGUUGGCAGCAUUGGGCCCAACUCCAUUUGCAAAAGAAAAGACAAAAAGGAGGAAUCCUCUGGGAAACCUGUCAGUCGAAGUAAGACUCUUCCACCUCAGGUGCCUCCACGGACCUACAGGUCAAAAUAUGGAAACCAGAACAAUGCUGUCUAUCAGGACAAGAAUCGAAAGGUCUCCAUUGAUCCGGGCACCUUGCAGCAGAAUUAUGAGUCAUGGAACUAUGAGCUACUGGAGGUUUCAGAAGAGAGGAAUGAAGAGGUUGCAGCGUUCUGUCACAUGCUGGAUAUUGACUUUCCUUCUUCUGCGUUUGAUGUCAAGUUCAUAACUCCUCCUCCAGCAGAAUUCAGUCCCAAGUAUGACUUCAGUAGCCUGGAUGAUACAUCAAGGAAACGACUGAAGGAAGUGAUGCAGAAGAAGUCACUCUUCUGGCUGACAGAAGAAGAUAAAAAGCUGCUGUGGGAGAAGCGAUAUUACUGUCAUACGGAAUGCAGCGUCUUGCCUCUGGUGCUUGCCAGUGCCCCCAGCUGGGAAUGGGCCUGUCUGCCUGAUAUCUACACCCUCCUCAAGCAAUGGAAUUGUCUGAGCCAUCUGGAUGCCUUGGGUCUUCUCCAUGCUACAUUUCCUGAUCAGGAGCUGCGUCGCACUGCAGUACAGUGGAUGGAAACGAUGUCCACAUCAGAGCUAGUGGACUUCCUACCUCAGUUAGUACAAGCCUUGAAGUUUGAGUGUUACUUGGACAGCCCCCUGGUGAGGUUUCUGUUGCGGAGAGCAAUCUGUGAUGUGAAAAUCGCCCAUUAUUUUUACUGGUUAUUGAAGGAUGCAUUAAAUGACUCUCACUUCAGUGCCCGAUACCAGCAUCUUCUAGGGGCCUUGCUAUGCUGUGUUGGAAAGGGCAUGAGGGAGGAGUUUGACAAACAGACCAAGCUAACUCACAUCCUGGCUAAAAUAGCACAAAAAGUCAGAGACAUUGCUCCAUCUUCGCGACAGACAGUACUCCGGGAAAGCAUGGAGGAAGUGCAACAGUUCUUCAAUGUUCAGGAUCACUGUCGCUUGCCUUUAAACCCAAGUCUUUUAGCCAAUGGAGUCAAUCCAAGAGCUUGCUCCUUCUUCAAUUCCAAUGCUGUUCCUCUGAAGAUCUCCUUCACCAAUGCAGACCCUUUGGGGGAAAACAUCAACGUCAUUGUUAAAACUGGAGAUGACUUGCGCCAGGACAUGUUAACUCUUCAAAUGAUACGCAUCAUGAACAAGAUCUGGAUUCAGGAAGGUUUGGACAUGCGUAUGAUAUUCUUCAAGUGUACCUCAACAGGAUGGGGGCGAGGAAUGGUAGAGAUGAUUCCGAAUGCAGAGACCUUGAGGAGAAUUCAGGUGGAGCAUGGGGUAACAGGAUCUUUCAAAGACCAUCCGCUGGCAGAAUGGUUACAAAAGCAUAACCCAAAUGAGGAGGAAUAUGAAAAGGCUGUGGAAAAUUUCAUUUAUUCUUGCGCAGGCUGCUGUGUUGCCACCUAUGUCCUGGGCAUAUGUGACAGACAUAAUGACAAUAUCAUGCUGAAGACCAGUGGCCAUAUGUUCCAUAUUGAUUUCGGCAAAUUCCUCGGCCAUGCUCAAAUGCUAGGCAACUUUAAGAGAGAUCGAGCUCCAUUUGUCUUUACUUCUGACAUGGCAUAUGUAAUUAACGGAGGUGACAAACCCUCCAGUCGGUUCCAUGAUUUUGUUGACCUGUGCUGUCAAGCUUACAAUCUCAUCCGCAAGCACACAGAUCUUUUCCUUAAUCUUCUGGGGCUGAUGCUUUCCUGUGGAAUUCCAGAGCUGUCCGAUAUCCAAGACCUGAGAUAUGUUUAUGAUGCUCUUCGACCUCAGGAGACAGAUGCCCACGCUACCACUUACUUCACAAGGCUGAUUGAAUCUAGUCUGGGCAGCGUGGCGACCAAACUCAACUUCUUCCUUCACAAUUUGGCCCAAAUGAAGUUUUCUGGGGUUGAUGACCAUCCCACACUCUCCUAUGCUCCUAAAACAUACACGAUAAAGACCGAUGGGAAAAUCAAGAAAGUGUUUGUGUGUCGUCAUCAGAAAAUAUUCAACCCUAAUAAAGGAUAUGCCUAUGUUGUGAAAGUUGAGCGGGAGGGACAGCAUGAUGCUGCAUUCAUACUGAGGACCUUUGAAGAAUUUAAUGAACUACACAAUAAACUCCGGCUACUUUUCCCUUCAUCCAAAUUGCCAAGCUUCCCAAGCAGGUUUGUGCUUGGCCGAGGAGAGGCGAUGGCUGACAGACGCAAAGAGGAGCUGGAUGGUUAUAUCUGGCACUUAAUCCACUCUCCUCCUGAAGUGGCUGAGUGUGAUCUGGUCUACACUUUCUUCCAUCCACUUCCAAAGGAUGACAAGUCCGCAGCUGGAAAUACGGCUCCAAAACCAACAGAUGUCCCUCCAACACCACCAAUGGGGAAGGUUGGUGGAGAAGUGAAGCUAUCCAUCUCUUACAAGAAUGACAAGCUUUUUAUCAUGGUGAUGCACAUUCGAGGCUUGGUUUUGCAGGAUGGGACUGAUCCUGAUCCUUACGUGAAAAUUUAUCUACUGCCGGAUCCUCAGAAAACAAGCAAGCGAAAGACUAAAGUAGCUCGAAAGACUUGUAACCCAACAUAUAAUGAAAUGUUGGUGUACGAUGGUAUUCCCAAAGGAGAUGUUCAGCAGCGUGUUAUUCACUUGCGUGUGCUGAGUGAGGAAGCGUUCCGGGAAAACAUAAUGCUCGGCGAGGUGUACAUUAACCUCAAGGACUUCAACCUGAACCAGAAAAUUGUUGGCUGGUAUCACCUGGGAUCGACGACUCCACAAGGCACUUUGUUCUAAGUAUUUUAGUGAUGUCACUAAAGGCUCUCUGUUGGACCUCAACUGAGGUGUGGGUUUUCAGCGGGUUAGGGGGAAAACAAAUAACAAGGAAUAACCAAUUGUGUUUCCUUUGUUUCAUUUUUAUUUGAGAACUGACUUGAUGAGGAGGUUAAGCUAUUCAAACAUUGUUUUUGAGCCUCUUCAUUUUGGAAUGUGUUGAAAAGACAUUACCCUCAAACUCGAGGAUUAUUGGGCAUGAUGUUGCAUGUGUCAAGAGCUGCAAACAAUUUGCUCCCAAGUUGUGUAUUAUUACACGAUGAAAAUGAAGGUAAAUAUUUGAACUGUUUAUAUGCUUUUAAACUGUGGUGUGGGCGACCAUGUCGUAAUGAAGGACCGACUCCCAAUUUUUUUUUUGCACUAAACACAAGCAACAAGAGGAAGGGGAAACCUUCCAGGAAUUUAUCAAACUGAAUGAAUAGGAUUGUAGCACAACGGCGAGGAGAGUGUCAGCAUUCAGACCACAAUGAACUCAUUCAGGUGUUCUCACUAGCCCAAGUCUGUCUCACGUCCCCACCUGGGAUGUGUGUAGCACAUACCUUUUGUGGCUUUUGGAUGUGAAUGAAGCCAUGUGAUGCCAGGGAAGUGAUGUGUGGCCAAAUUUCUCACCCUAUUUAGGAACAUGUGAGCAGGACGAGACUGUUCAGCCCCUCAAAUCUUGUUCCAUCUAAAUGACUUCCAGCCACACACAACUUAUUGGGGUAGUAAUUAGUCUUUGCUAAGUGUUAAACGAUCAAAAUCUCAUCAACUGUCUGUUAGACUACUGUCUGAUUUAAGCUCCAUUGAAGGCAGUGGAAUGGCUUAUCAGGUGGGGUGUAUAAUAAGCAACCUAGGUGAUAUUGUGCAAGGUGUAUAUUUACCCCAAUUUCACCGAUUUUGUAUUAGCUUAAGAGUUGGAAGAGGAAGGAGCAACUUUGCGUCAGGGCAGAAUCAUGUUCGGUCCAGCACUAAUCUUGUUAAUACUGAAACUGUCGUUAUCUUAACAACCAUCAAGUUAUUUGCAGGAGCUUGUAUGGUUGUGCUGCAAAUCACGCAGCUCAGGGAGUUAGUAGUAUGUUUCUUGCAUUAAAAUGUCGAUGCUGCAUCACCUGAUUUGUCAGGUGGUCAAACAGCUGAGGCACCAGAGAGACCAAAAAGGUUUCUCGUUCAAUCCAUGGUCAAUGCUGAGAUUGUUGGUUUCAGAUGGGGUAGCAACUGAGGCUGCAUAAUUGACUUGCGCAGCUCUGGGGAGGGUUGGGUAUCAGGCAUGGUCUAAAGUCUGACACCUAGUGAAUGAUCCUUAAACGAAGGAAAGUGCAUGUGAACACUGGAGAAGAUAGGGUCAGUUUUCACUGCUACACUCAUGGUCAAAAAAAAACCUUCCAAUGCUCACCACUUAUGUAUGAGUGCCAACAUUCACAGGCCAGAUUUGUAUAAUUCAUAGAGGUGAAGCAUUGAAAGCUAUGACCAUCCAUGCAGUCUUUCUCUCUGAUCACUAACAGAUCUCUUGUUAAGGUUACAUCAGACCACCGUCCUGAUUGAUAAAUUAAAAUAGACUUUAUCGUUAUCACAGUGGAAUGAGCACACAUUUACGUUGAUGUUGCUUUGAUAUCUAGCCUUCCACAUUUGAUUAGAUCCUGGGAGACUGAAUGUAGUUGCAAUUGCAGCAUGUGAUCAUGAUCUAUACCAGUUGAGCAUUGAAUUCUGUAGCACUAGGGCAUCCUGUUUUAAAAUGAUCUGGACUAUUUUCCUUCGUAAAGUCUGUUGUCAGGAAUGACACUGUUCCACGUGCCUCCCCUUCUCUAGCUCUGUGUUGUAUAGGGGCCACUACCUUAAAGGGGUGCUUCCAACUCAGUGGAGGCAGAUACACGUUGUGGUACAUGUGGAAUAGACUGAGAAAUGGUAGGAAAAGCGGAUAUGGUAGGAAACAUUCGGCCCCUUGUGCCUGUUCCAUCUUGCCAUUUGGAUCAUGGCUGAUCCAUACCCAGUACCUAUGUUGUUUCCAUAAACCUUCAUGCUUUUAUCGAACAAAAAUCUAUCUCUUUGAAAUUUUCUUUCCACAGCCAGCCUCAACAGCACUGUUUUCAUUACCUUUUAUGUACCUAAUAUCGAAAGUGAAACAGUGGGGCAAAUAACUGCUGCGAUUGAUGCUACAUUGUGCAAACUCUGUGAUCUGGCCUUCACAUUUUAGCAGCAGUUGUUACAUUUAGUUUCAUUUAAAACAAGAUGCUAUCGUUUCUCUGGUCAUCUUAACACUUUUUCUCCUUCUUGUAAUAUGGAGGAGUGUAAUAGACAAGUGCCAACAACAUAUGAACUUUUUCCUUUAGAGCAGCUAACCUUCACUGACUCUCUCACAUUUGAUGGUAAAGGAUAGAUGAAUAGUUUCAUUGAUGAGAACAACACUGUAUACGUGACAGUGUCAUAACUAGAGUAAGUGUGGCCCCUUUAUAUUGUAGAAUGUACUGAGUAAGCUAGAUCUACUGUUAGACACAAUACAUGAACCUCUGAUCUACAGACAAGGUAACACUUGUUUGGUCUGAUUCUUCAUAAGGGAUUUAAUUCCCAAUUGAACUCAACUGAGACUGUUAAUGUACCCCUUUCAUUGCACACAGGACAGUCCUAGAUGUUGAGCUUGGCUUUGUUUCUGUUAAACAGCUGUUCUCCUCACUUCCACUUCACCUCCCACUUGCCCUUUUUGUUUCACAGCUACGAAAGAAGCUUUAUGAAAUUCCCAUGUAUUGUUUCAGUUUACCUUUGUACAUAAAGGAAAAGCACCACAGUGUCCAACUGAAAUGUUCUUUUUAAAUAACUGUGGUGGAAAUUAUACUGUAAGAUUUGUUUGCAAAUCUUUGUUGCCUGUAAGUAAUUUACUUUUUUUUUGAUUGAUACACAAUACUGUUGUUGAAUAUUUAAAAAAUGUUUAAAAAUUCGAA